ACAAAUCUCUCUCUCUAUAUAUAUAACACCUUAAGAAACAUAUAUUCUUGUAUUAGUCAAAAAAAUAAAAACAUAUAUUCUUGUAUUGGACUCGCCACAACAAACAACAAUGGCACCACCACCACACUUUCUACUGGUAACGUUCCCUGCGCAAGGCCACGUGAACCCAUCUCUCCGUUUCGCUCGUCGGCUCAUCAGAACCACCGGUGCACGUGUCACUUUCGUCACGUGCGUCUCCGUGUUCCACCGCUCCAUGAUAUCCAACCACAGCGACCUUGACAACCUCUCUUUCCUUACUUUCUCCGACGGCUUCGACCAAGGAGGCCUCUCCACCGCGGAAGACCGUCAUAACCGGGGUGUGAACCUCGAGAAAAACGGCGAUAAAGCCCUGUCAGAGUUGAUCGAAGCUAAUAAGAACGGUGACUCUCCGGUGACUUGCUUGGUCUACACGUUACUUCUCAACUGGGCUCCGAAAGUGGCGAGCAGGUUUCAACUCCCUUCUGCUCUUCUCUGGAUCCAACCUGCUUUGGUUUUCGACAUCUAUUACAACUACUUCAACGGAAACAACAACUCUCGUCUCGAGUUCCCGAACCUCCCAUCUCUAGAAACCCGUGAUCUUCCUUCUUUUCUCACGCCUACUAGUACAAACAAAGGCGCAUACGCAUUGUUUAAGGAACUCAUGGAGCUACUCAAAGAAGAAACUAAUCCGAAGAUUCUCGUUAACACGUUCGAUUCUCUGGAGCAAGAAGCGUUAAAGGCUAUUCCGAGUGUCGGAAUGGUGGCGGUUGGUCCUUUACUCCCUUCGGACAUGUUCACGGGAAGCGAAUCAGUUAAAGAUUUGUCCAAAGAUCAAAGUAGUAGUAGUUAUAGCCGUUGGCUAGACUCAAAAUCAGAGUCCUCUGUUAUUUACGUUUCUUUUGGAAAAAUGGUUGAGUUGUCCAAGAAACAGAUAGGGGAGCUAGCUAGAGCUCUCAUAGAAGGUAAGAGACCGUUCUUGUGGGUGAUUACUGAUAAAUCCAACAGAGAAGCGAAAACGGAAGGAGAGGACGAGACAGAGAUUGAGAAGAUCGCUGGUUUCAGACACGAGCUCGAAGAGGUUGGUAUGAUCGUGUCUUGGUGUUCGCAGGUGGAGGUUUUGAGACACAGAGCCGUAGGUUGCUUUGUGACUCAUUGCGGGUGGAGCUCGACGCUUGAGAGUUUGGUUCUUGGAGUUCCGGUGGUGGCGUUUCCGAUGUGGUCUGAUCAACCUACGAGCGCAAAGCUUCUGGAGGAGCUGUGGAGAACAGGUGUGAGGGUGAGAGAGAACGAGGAAGGAUUGGUGGAGAGAGGCGAGAUAAGGAGGUGUUUGGAAGCAGUGAUGGAUGAAAGGCUUGUGGAGCUGAGGGAAAACGCUGAGAAAUGGAAGCGUUUAGCGGUUGAAGCGGGUAGAGAAGGUGGGUCAUCUGAUAAGAACAUGGAGGCUUUUGUGGAUGAGAUUUGUCAAACUGAAGCAGAGGAGGUUAAAGACAAAGAUGAGUGUUCAAAGGAAUCUAAAUCCUUCAACUGGUUGUAAACUCUUGCUAGUCUUGUUACUUUGUCCUUUGUCUAUCAGUUUCAUUACAACAAAGAAAUACAUUUAUCUAUGUCUUGUACAA